UAGGCCUUUGACUUAAUACACAUCUAAUGAAGCCUGCUGGUAAUGUGUCUCAUGCUGGUUUCUGGUGCCGCAGGGAAGCUAAACUGAAGGGGGUGCUGCUGGGGCUCGGGGAGACAGUGCUGCAGCUGGUGACCGAAGCUGUGCGCGGCCGGGGAGGAGCAGCAGUGCUGCCUCGGGAGAGCCAGGAUCUGCUGAGAGGACAAAUAUCGGAGCUGUGGAAGCACAACAACCCUGUCCGCACACUCAUAGGAGACAGAGUACAGGGCUUCCUCCGGGCCAUGCUGCAGGGCGGCCUCGCUAAAAGGAGUCCAGCGCUGCCCGCUCCCCUCGGGCUGGUGAGCGCCGAGCUAGCCGAGCUGGGGACGGCCUUUGGGCGAAUCGUCCACUUCAACCGAAGCGUCUUCGGGCCCUUCUACGCACCCAUCCUCAGGAAAGUGCUGUUCCCACCAGGAGAGGCUGAGACCGGGGAGGACUCACGCUAGGCUGAGGGCCACCUCUGGUGACCUUAACAUAAGAUGCCAUUCGCCAUUGAAUGCGUCGCUAUAGUGUAAAUACAGUGAACAGUGAAUGUUUGAGGGAAAGACAUUUACAGUCUGCAGAUUUAAAAAAAAAAAAAGUUGUAUAUUAUAUUUUUUUAAGGUGUUUAAACAAAACAAAAGGUCAAAAACAGAAGGCAGAUUCAUUAUUAUUGCAGUGGUGCACCAUCACCACACAUUUGAGAGCAUAAAACAUUAGGAAAACAAAAUGAAUAACGGUUUUCACCCAGACAAGAGUAACAAAUAGCUUUUAGUGUGCUAAUGAAAAGAGUCACAACAAGAGACUGAUUAUGAUCAAUAGCCUGAAAAGGUUUUCAGUUCUCAGUUCACUUUAUUUCAAGAUAAACACCCUCAGGAAAAUAACCAAAUAAGUACCAAAGAUGAUGCUAAGUUUGUAAAUAAUACUUCUAAUAGUUUUAAUAUGUAGCAGGUUUCUCUUCUUAUCUUUAUGUUGAUAGAUGUUUACGUAUAAUUUACCAAAAACUGUGUGCACUUUUUCUGAAUUCAUUUUUUUUUUUUUUUUUGCACCUUUUCAUUAUAAACCAACAAUAUUCUCAGUGUUUCCCUUACAGUUCAGAUUGGUGGGAGGUGGUGGAGCAAACAGGUGCUUAUUUGUACGAAAAUCAAAUUGAUUCAUUUUUCACUUUUGAGCAGCCAUGACUCACUCCACUCAACAAAUCAAUAUGCGUAUCGAAAUUCUGCGAGGCCUCACGGUCCACCUUGAUGAAGUUUAAUCAGUAUUCUGGGAAAAUGAUUACUGAAUACAUUUGUAACAGUUAGUUAGUUAUUAUAAGUGUAUCCAGUUAACUUAACACGGGUUUAGCUAAACACAAAAACAAACUGAAAGUUCAAAGUGCAACAGAUUGCCCUCUUAACAACCGGUAAGAUUGUAUUUCAAUCUUCUUUUUAAAGUGACUUGAGUCGAGCAAGUUUCACAUCUCAGCUAGCAUAUUUUCAUAUUGUGCUGAAAUAAAUACACACAUGGACACCUUGAAUGUUAGCCGAAAUACAGACCAAAUGUGAAAUUGUUGUAGUAGAACUCUAAAGCAGAACGGUUGUCAUGAGGAAAUAGUUUUCAUAAAACGAGUUAAACAUGUGAAACCACGUGUGUGGCCCUCUAACAGCUCCGAGCAGAGCAGGAAGUCAGACGCUGAGCUCUGGGGCUUGGAUGUAACACAACAAAUGGUACGCACACAUCUUUUGUUGAUGUAUUAGUUGCACCAUCCACUAUUCCCCACAGCAGGGAAACACUGAUAUUGUACAAUGUAGAUAACAAUGUUGUUAUGUUUGUCUCUUUAGAGUCCAAACAGCUGCUGUGAUGUUUCUGUGUUUUACUUUUUAACCAUAAAACAAAAUCAAUGCUGA